GAAGAAGUGUAGUUGACUUAGGAUAGAAGAGUUUUAUUGGACCGUGUUAUAUAAACAUGGAAGAAGGUGCCUGCGUCCUUCUACUUCUAGAAGAAGUGGUAUCCUUUGAAUUGGAUUCUCCUAAGAAGCCCACGCAGAAUUCUCUGCGAUUAGGGUUUUUGCUGACGGGAUUCAUGAUGGAUAACGAUAAAGCCAAGUUAUUUGUUGGAGGUAUAUCUCGGGACACCAGUGAAGAUGCUCUCAAAGCUCACUUUGCUAAGUAUGGUACUGUUUUAACUUCUGUUGUUGCCAAGGACAAGUACACCAGAAGCCCUAGAGGCUUUGGCUUUGUAACUUUCUCUGAUCCUACCUGCGCUGAUAAAGCCCUUCAAGAUUCUCAUGUAAUACUAGGAAGAACGGUAGAAGUGAAGAAAGCUAUACCCAAAAGUGAACAGUUGCAAUUACAACAGCUUCAGCAGCAACAAUUCCCCAAUCAACAAAAGAGUAGUGGGUUCAGCGAGAAUGGUAGCAAUAGUAAUGGGAAUGAUUGCCUUAGGACUAAAAAGAUCUUUGUAGGGGGUCUUUCAUCUAGUCUAACUGAGGAACAGUUUCAUAAUUACUUUCAGAGAUUUGGUAAGAUAGUAGAUGUAGUUGUGAUGCAAGACCCCUUAACCAACAGGCCAAGGGGCUUUGGGUUUGUCACUUAUGAUUCUGAAGAAUCUGUUGAGAAGGUAAUGUUGAAUAAUUUUCAUGAUUUAUAUGGUAGGCUUGUGGAGGUUAAGAGGGCUGUGCCAAAGGAAGGUAUUAGUGGUAGCAACAAUAACCGUGUUGCAAAAGGAGGUGUGAGAUGGUUUUCUGCUAAGUCUUCUCAACCUGGAAAUUAUGUUUCUUAUGGUCCUGGAUAUGAAGUUCUUUCAGGCCAUGUUCCUAUUCAUUGGUAUAGUGGUGUUGGAGGGUGUUUUUACGGAACAGGCUUCUAUGGUGGUUACCCUGCGGUAGGAUGUAGCAGAUCUGACUUUGGAUUUACACCAGUUGGCCCAAGGAGCCCUUGGAAUGGUCCUGUGUUGAUUGCUGCCACGAUGUAUCCUCCACCAUAUAGCAGUGCUUUUCUUUAUCCAGCUUACACAAAUGGUGUUGUUGGCCUUAUGGGUAUGACUGUGAGUGAGUACAGUGGGAUUGAUGGACAUAAUGGGAAUGGGAAACUGAAUGGGGAUCAUGGUGGCAAUGAACAACUGCCACCUAGUGCUACAGUGUCUCCGAUUGAAGGCGUAGAGUCAGGAGUUGAUUCUUCAGGUCUGAAUGGUAGUGAUGGUGGUGCAUCUAGCUAACAAAAUUGAAUAGGUCUAUGAACAGCUGAAGCCUUUACCUGUAGGUAGUUGCAGUUGACUAUCCUGUACACAUUUUUCAUGGACAUUGAAGUGCUAGGAAAUUCUUUCACUGAUGGGGUCGGGGACAUCUUAACUAUACUGUUCAGAUGUCCGUUUCUCAUGUGCCAAUUCUAUUUCAUAGAUGUGUUGCUUGCUGUGUGUCUUUGUAGUUUCAAGCAUUUGUAAGUACAUCAUUCAGUCAUCUAUAACAUAAAUGCAUUUAAAUCUAA